CGGUGCGCGCGUAGGCGGCUGAGCGCGGGGUUGACUUUGUUUGAUUUUAACGGAUUUUUUUUUCCCGCAGCUCUUUCCUGCUGGGGAUUUUUUUUCAUCACCCUCUUCGUCAGCUCGUGUCCCGGAGAGACGUUAGAACGGUCCGACACCCUCACCCCGUACGGUUACGGGGCUCAUAGAGAGUAAGUUUUUUAUGAAAUGUCAAACGGCCACUCCUGCUAUAGUAACGGUUGCAAAGCAGGGCUUGAUCUCAUGGCUGAAGAUUGCAAAGAUCAUGGGGAUGACAAUGCAAGAACUAACUUAAUUGUCAACUACCUGCCACAGAACAUGACACAGGAUGAGCUACGGAGUCUUUUCGGUAGCAUUGGUGACGUGGAGUCGGCCAAACUCAUUCGUGACAAGGUUGCAGGUCACAGCCUCGGAUAUGGGUUUGUGAAUUAUGUGGAUGCUAAAGAUGCAGAGAGAGCUAUUAAUACACUUAAUGGUCUGAGGCUGCAAUCAAAAACUAUAAAGGUUUCAUAUGCCCGACCAAGCUCUGACAGCAUCAAAGAUGCAAACCUUUAUGUGAGUGGGCUGCCAAAGACGAUGACUCAGAAGGAUUUGGAGCAGCUAUUUGGACGUUAUGGUCGCAUCAUUACAUCUCGUGUCCUUGUUGACCAAGUCACGGGUAUGUCCAGAGGAGUGGCUUUUAUUCGUUUUGACAGGAAAUCUGAAGCAGAUGAAGCUAUUAACAAUUUGAAUGGGCACAAACCACCGGGUGCUGUUGAGCCAAUUACGGUAAAACUUGCAGCCAAUCCUAAUCAGAAAACAAAUGCAUCUCUGCUGGCACAGCUGUAUCAUUCACCAGCAAGGCGGUUUCCAGGACCAUUGCACCAUCAGGCACAGAGAUUCAGGUUUUCGCCGAUGAGUGUUGACAAUAUGAGUAGUUUGUCGGGUGUGAACGUUGGUGGUCAUAAUCCUUCUGGCUGGUGCAUCUUCAUCUACAACCUAGGCCAAGACGCAGAUGAGGGAAUCCUGUGGCAGAUGUUUGGCCCAUUUGGAGCUGUGACCAAUGUCAAAGUUAUACGCGACUUCAACACCAACAAGUGUAAAGGGUUCGGUUUUGUAACCAUGACAAACUAUGAGGAGGCUGCCAUGGCCAUUGCUAGCUUGAAUGGCUAUCGCCUCGGAGACAAAAUCCUCCAGGUCUCCUUCAAAACCAGCAAAUCUCACAAGGCGUAAUUUAAAGCUUAUGCGCAUUUGUAAGCAUUUGAUUAGAAAUACACUGCUGAAAGGUGAAUAAGUCCACUAGUGUAAAGCAACUCUUAUUGUUGUGACAGAAGUGUUUUGUCUACCAUUCUAGAAUAAGUGAAAAGGAUUUUUUUUAUAUUACUAUUACUUUGGGAUGCAAUUAACAUGAAAUGUUCAAAUGUUUGAUACUUUUCAUUCCAUACUUUAUCCACCCAUCCAAAAAAGGAGCGGAAAUACUGAACCAAUGCUACAGUUCUGUGGAUUUUGAAAAAUAUCAGUUUAAAUGCAGUACCCUCUCUGUUAUUAGUUUUUAAGCUGGGAGCUCUUUGCAGAAUCUCUUGGUUGUAAGCAAUUUCAUAAAUCCACAACCUUUUAGCAAAGCAUUCAUACAUUCAUGAACAUUAAAUAUGCUUGUUUUGUUCCCUUGAAGUUAACCUGCUGAGAAUUGGUUCAUUUACACUCUUGAGUUAUGUUGGUAUCUAAAAUUUUCUGUACAUUAUAUAAAUGGCAUCUUUGUCCUCCAACAUGUCAUGAAAAACUGUGCUAAGAAUGAAAAAGGCCAAUUGUAUUUGAUUACAUUUACCUUAUAUAGUGCAAGAACGGAGUGUGGAAGCAUCAACAUAUUUUGCCAAAUUUUAAGGUGGAAGAAUGUGGAUGGGAAUUUGUAAUGUUUGAGAAAAUUAAAUUUACCUGCAAGUUCCUGGAGAUUCAAACCUUUGAACAUUUAUAGGUUUGUUGCACCCCAUCUAGUGAACUCCAUUGCAUUUCUUAUUAACCUUUUUUGUUUUUAUAUAAUUGACAUGCUAAAUUGGGAUAAUGUGUCAGACUAGAAAAUAAAUGUUUUUCCAUGCAGGUUAGCUGUCAACACAGAGCUUUGUUAAAAUAGAUUUAAAGACUAAUCUAAAAGUUUUUUCAAACUGCCUUUGAACUUCAUUAAUGUUCUGUUAUAUAAUUUCUUUUCAUUUUGUUUCCUUUGUUUUGUUUGACAAUUGAUUUUACUUUUGCAUUUAUGAUCAUUAAAUUUGUUUUGUUUUGCUCCAAUUUUGUUUUGUUUUUGGGUUUUUUUCUGUUUUAAAGUUCAUUUGCUGUUUAAUGCUUAAAUUUUAUUUUAUAAUUUUACAAUUCAUGGUAGGUAUCAAGGGACCAGUGUGCCAUGAGGCACCUGACCUUUAGGUAUCCUGCCAAAGAGUUUUACACCUUAUACUGAAAGUGGGCUUCACAGAGCAUCUAUUUUUAUAAACAAACUUUUUACAGGAGAGCUAGCAGGGGAUUUUGGAUGGAAAGUUUUGUAUGCCAACCAGUAAAUUUUAAAUAAGCUUCAGCAGAUGGAUUGCUGUAGCUGGCUUUUAAAUCUUGUCAGAAUUAAAUGCAGACACAAAUCCACUGGUCCUGUUUGAACAAGGGCAGGCUGGAAUGAUAGAAAAGUAGUAUUGUUAGCUUAUCAUAUGAUUCGGGAUAGUGCUACGUGAUUUAGAGAAGCUAAAAGUAUGGUACAAAUGAGCUUGAUCUUAAAUGUGUGGUAUAAAGAGCUGACAUUAAAUGUUGUAGCAAUACUUUUAAGUUUUUCUUUGUGCCAAAUACCCAACUGCAUUUAAAUAACAAAGCAAGAUUUUGAGUGUCUUAAUUAGAAUAUCUCAAAAUAGUUUGCAUACUUCCUUUUUUCAUACCCUGGCUUUCAAGCUUUUUUUAAAUACACCUGGAAGAGACAGCUGUGGAAACACACAGUUCACUUUUCAUCUGUAAAUAUUGGAUUGUAACAAAUUGUAGGGAAGUUAUUACAAUUUCAGGCAUCUGAGGGGAUCAAGACCAUCCAAUUAGGGGAGAUUGAAGGGUUUCUUGCAUCUCAUUAUAGGACACUUUCCUGCUAAUGUUGCUGCUUUGAGUAUCUGAUCUAAUUUACUUUUAUUCAGAUAACAAAAUGCUUACAGAAAUCUUAGAAUUUACUUGAAAACUUUUACUUGAAAAUCAAAUACAUUUCAUAGAAAAUGGAAGGACUUUUUCUAAAUUUGAAUAGUACUUAAAGUAAAAUGUACCUGAAGUAAUUUCUGAAGUCUGUUGAAGAAAAAUAACAAAAUAUUUAUUUGUGUUUACUUCCACCACAAUGGUCAUCUCUAAUUUGAGGCUCAUUAUUCAUCAGUACACAACCAGUUAAAUAUAUUCAAUUUACUCAACUACAUUCCGCACUUGUAAGACAGUCUUCUGGUGAAAUGAGAAUCUAUCUGACAGGUUGGGUACUUAAUGGUGAGAUUAAGUUUACAUAGUAAAAAGUAUGAUUUGGUUAGGUCUUCGUAAUAUUCAGCAAUAUACUACUCUGCCAUAAGGACUAAAAGUGACAUAUUCCUUUGGGUAUUUUGUAUAUGAUUAAACUGACAAAGUUUUUGAUACCUACGAUAUCUCCAAGUGGAAUUCUGGACCAGUUUUUCCAUGAAUGACAAGUUGAUUAUUCCACACUAAGUGAAUUGUCAACAAUUUAAGGAAAUCGGAUUGGUGCUUUCCAGUUGAAGGCCAUUGUGCAAUUAGGUUGGACAUAUGAUGGCCAUUGUUCUUAACCUUCCAUGUGACACAUUUUAGAACAUCACUUUAGAGCCUGUAGGUUAAACUAAUUUUAAACGUGCAUCCAUUUUUUAUAAUUCACAUUUUUCUUUUGUUUAUUUACUGAAUAGCAUCUAGUUAAUAUGGAUUGGCUUCUACCUAAUACCUUUAGUGUUUAUGGUAUGAUGUAUGAUAAAUAAUCUCAUGGCACUUUUUAGAAGUCUAAACGAGUUAGAUGCAGCAUCUAUCAUAAUUGAAUAUCAGAGUUUGCAGCCUCUGGCCUAGCUUACUCUGUGCUUUUGUGGAUGGAGGGGUAUUGAUUAUAUAUUCAAAAUUAUAUAUCCAUAUAUCCAAAAGUAAUUGUGCAGUCCAAAAAUAUUUGCUCUAUCCAAAGCAGAAACAAAGUGAUAGAUACCAACCAUGGGAUAGCAUCUACUGAUAGGUUUGUGACAGAUCAAUCUGUCUUUCAAGGUAUGAUCCAUUGUUUUGCUUCCAGUUCCUGAAUAUCAAUUUGCAGAAGUUAUACUAGUUCUCAGUUGUCUAUAACACUUUGAUUGCAGAAUAUAAGUGUAGCUAUAAAGUAUAAAGUAUUUUCCUGAAGUUUAGAUAUAUCUAGUGUUAGUUUUUGAUGUAUUUCUGGUCAUUCUUCAAAGAAUACUGUUCAGUACACUGAAUAGCCACAGUUCGGUCACUGAAUCUAUAUGAUAGUUAACUUCUCCCCUCCGCCCCCCCCCCCCCAAUUUGUUUACAGUUCUGUUGUCUGAUAUGAGUUAUUUGCAUGUUGCUUGGACUGGAAUGGCAAUGAAAUGGAAUAGUAAAUAUCAGUAAGAUUUUCAGUGACAGUUGAUCAUUACAAUCUUGGUUUACAGAUUGAUAGUGCCAAGCAGGCUAUCUUGAUAAAGCAUGCAAUCAUAGCUCAGAUAAUUGGGUUUCAUAUAGUUAUUGCUGAUUUGUAAUCUGGUAUAAAAUAAUUCAUGGAGGUUAAGGACCAUUGGUUAAAGAAAGACUAAUCUUCUACAGUAUGCUGCAAUCCAUUCCUUGUGAUUUGGUCUGUUGAAGAAUAGGUAGCAUAUAUCUAAAGGUAUGUAUUUAACGUUCAGACUCUCUAGCACCCGCUCCCACACAAGUGUGUUUACUUUCAGAAUAAUUUAUUUUGGUUAAGAUAUUAUUUCCAUUGCAUCAAUCUUUUCUUUUAAUAAGAGAAGAGCUAAGGUUGAUUCAGAUUCUAGAGUUAAAUCACUGCAAACAUUGUAAAUGCGUCUUUUAUUGGUUAACUGUUGCUUGCUUGGAUGACAUCAUUGGGACCAUGUUAAUCUCUAAAUUCCAGCCCAUACACAUUCAGGCUAAGAUGUUUUUUUUAACAUUUCCUCACCAUUAAUAAAAACUUAAGGUAGUUUUGAAGCUCAUAUUUUGUGCAAAGCAACCAACAAUUCAUUUUUAAAUAACGGGCUGUGAAUCGGUAAAGUCCAGAGUUAAUACCCUCCAGGUCUUGAGUGAGAUGAAGCAAUUCGUCUUGAUGUGCUUAAGUUGGGGGAAAGAAAUAUGUCACUGAUUCCAUAAUAAACACUUGUAGGAAGUGAUUUUUGAUGAAGAUAGAAUGUACAUGGGUAUGAUCUUUUAAUAUUUGUUGUCACUCUAACUGGUUGGUUUAAUUGUGUACUGAUGUGGCACAUGUGAGUGAUGGUUGGUAGGCAUGUGACUGAAGAGCUCUGCUAUCGCAGAUCUUUUAACUUUUGGGAGAGAGUUGGGUUGGAGGAUUCCAAAUGAAUAAGGGAAAUGCUUUGACUUUAGACCCUGUUAUUAGGCAAGUUUUAUUGCAUUUUGCACUUGCAGUAUAAACUAUUACCUCAUUAAGAAUCUCACCUCCCAAUUGAAAAUGUGCAUUCUUUAACAUUCUAAGUAAAUAAAUUUAUAUCCAAGCAAUAUUGAAUUCAUUUAGUAACAAUGUUAAUUAUUUUUCCCCAUUUUGCUGUGUGUGUUAUAAUAGUAACCCAUUCACUGUUACUUUCAGCACUUGAGAAUGAGUGAGAGAGAUUGGGGAGGAGGCAAGAGGGAGCAUGCAGAUUCAAUUAUGCGCAAAGGGAUAUUCUUGACACAUAUCCAGUGGAUGUUAGCCUUUCUAAGAGAUUUACUUUCUUAUGUACUUUAUUGUAAAAAAUAGUUUCCAGAGGAAUGAAGACAGCAACAAGUAUUUGGCCAGGCUUGUUGGCUGAAAGGUUUUCUUUUUUGAAAGGAUCAGUGCUAGUGUACGUUGGAUCCUGCAUCUGAAAUUAAGCAGCUGAAAUUGAGACAGGACCAGUGGAUAUUAAAAGUCUCUAAUAGCUGAAGUGCAGGCCAUGCCAGUGGACCUUUAAAUUCUUCCUCAUUCCCAAACAAACAGAAAGGCAGCGUUUUAUGUUCAAACAAAAGGCGAAAAAGGGCAUUAUGUGUUACCACAGUGAUAUUGGGAGUACAAGUGGGACCAAGUGUUGAUUAGCUCUAGUUGAGAAAAGAAUGCACCUUCAGAUACUGCUAUCGUGAAGUUAGUUGACCUUUAAAGUAGUUUGACAGCUGUAUAGGGCAUCUCCUUUAUUUUAGUUGCCUCAUUUUUUAAUUUUAUAUCUUCAGUCAUAGUAUUGCAUAUAGAAUACUUCUGAUGUUUUUGUUUUUUGCAUUGUGCUUGUUAUAAAAACUUUAGGUUAAUUUAUAGUGUAGAAUGCUGAGGGCAUCUUGCACUUCAAUCCAGCACCCUGGUAUUAACAGAAAAAUGUAGCAAUCUGUUUAAUGCUUUUUUUCCCUUUGUGUGUGUGUGUGUGUAUAUAUAUAUAUAUAUAUAUAUAUAUAUAUAUAAUUCAUGCACACCAUAAAUUCAAGCCCCAUGACUUGCUGAAGACGCAGCGAAAUAAAUGCUGCAAAAAAGAAACAGAUUUUAUGAUCCUUCUCUCUCCAACCAGAAGAAUUGGUUUAUAUUCAUUGUUAAAGUCAUCCUGUUUUACUUUAUGGAUUAAUUUUGAUCUGCCUUUGUAGUGAUCUCUCAAAUUUCAACUGUACUUUUUAUUAUAUAUAGAGGCAACAAGCAGCACUUUAAAAGUGUAGCCUUUAACAGCUUUUAUUAUCCUUUAAAAUUACACAGUUGUGCACAGACUUUCAGCCAUGAAUAGUUGCAGUAGUCAAAACUUAAUAUAAUUACCAUAUUCUAAAUGAUUCAAAGCCUCGAUUGACAUUUGUAGCACAGUGGUCUUAUUUAGGUAUUGUGUUUAGUUGGGGAUAACCAUUUUUGAUUUGUUAUUUAAUGAAAUUGACACUAGAGAAUAAUGAACAUGGUGUAGUUGUAAGUACGUGGAUAAGAGAAUGGAUUUUCCAGCUUAAUCACAAGAAAAUGAACAUGACCUGGACUUCAAACAGUGAAAAUUAAUUAGCAAAGGUUUGAAUUUUGGCAAAGUGCCACAUUUCUGUAAGCUGAAUAUGGUGGUCACGGAUUAGCCAUUGAUUUGUGCUAAUUUCCAUUCUAGGUGGUAGCUGUGCUGAGAAGUUUUUUGGUAGGGGCAAAAGUGCUUAAUUAAAUUAAUUUUUUAAUAAGAGGUAUGAUGGAGUAAUUUGAACAAUAAAUUGCAAAGUAAUUUGCCCAGCCCAUUUUUAUAAUUUUGUUUGAAUUCAAAAUUCAGUCAAAUUUUGGUCUUAUUAAAAUUAACGCUAAUUUAUGCAUUGCCUUAUGUGGGAUACAGGAUCACAAGUUCUAAUGCAUGCAUUGGCAUGUGCCAUGAGAAAGAUGACAUGAGGAUUUGAAUCUUGCAGGUUGUAGCCAGGUUCAGAUACAUGUAUACCCAAAAUAGUUUUCACUUUGGCUGCAAGUGUUUUAUAGCCUGUGUACAUGGUUGUUCUUUCAGAUGUUUUUCUCCCCCUUCCACUUGAGCCAAUUGCAAACUGACUCUAGUUCUGUAAUCCAAAUAAGGCUAAAGUCUGGGUGAAAAAAAAUAACGAAUUUUAAGAAAUGUUGAGGUAUAAUAAAUACUCAGCUGGUUAGACAUUAUUAUAAUAUAGUGCCAGAAUAAACAUGAUAUAAGACAAAGCUACAGCUGUUUGAAAUGAAAAUACAUUGUAUCUAAUAUUGCCACUAACUUGAAUAUUCAGCACUGCAACUACUAAAAAGUGGACAGCAAGAAGCACAACAGAGCUGGGAAUAUUCCAGGAUUGGAAAAAUAUUACAAACGAGAUUGGAUGUUUGUCUGAAGUACCCUUGGUAGUUUUGAGAUCUAGUCAAAAUGAAUGGGCGGGUGUAAUAUAUUUUAAAGUUGUAUGUUUUUUUUCAAGACAUUAAGUAAUGCAUGGCAGCUAGUAGGGGUUAUUUUUACUAAUGCAGUACAAUAUAUAGUUCCUGGCAAGAUGGAUGUGCCUGGGCUUAAUGUGUACUGUAAGUUCAUGGAUGUAAAUGUUUAAAUACUGUUGCUUUAUUUUAGUUUGCUAUCAGACAAAAGCCAGACGAAGGCUGUUUUAAGUUAUUAAACAUUUUGUACUUAAUUUAUUUUCUCACCAAUAUUAAAUUAUGUUUGAUUCUGUUUUAAAAGAAAAGUCUGACUGAACUCUUGAUUUGCUUUUUUUACAGUUUCUGAAGGGAAAAGUAGUGGUCAUAGGUUUCAUAUUCAGAUUUUAAAGAUAAAUUGGUAUCCAUGAUUAUCUUGAUUUGCCUAAAAAAAUUAAAUUGUUUGAAAUAGCAUUUCAAAAUGCUUUGACUUAUCUUCUCCCCACCCUUACAGACGUGGAAACAGUAUGAGUAGUACAUUGAUGUGGCAAAUGAUGGCAGUGUCACCUAUUGAACUGUUGUCAUUGUUUUUCUGAUGUUUCACUCAAAUUUUAUUGGAUCAGUUUUGGCCCAUAAUGCACUUGUAUCUAAAUAUUACUUAAACAUUUGUGUUUUUCUGUUAAUUUGUUCAGUUAAAUGCAUUAUAAUUUAAGAACAUUAUUAAAUUUAAAAUAGGAAUUAGAUUUGUAUUGCACAAUGAAUUGACUGGUCCCUAAUUAACAAUGAAAAUCUUAAACUUCAGUUGACCUAACACACUACUUCCUUCAUAUAUAUUUUAGUUCUCAAAAUUGACCCAUUAAAAUAGCAUUGAGUUGCAUUGUGGCUAUUAAAUUGUGAUAUGCUGUAUAUUAUAUAUGUGUCAUCUUUAACCUGUGAAGUAAUUAGUCAGUUGAUUGAGAUAACCAGGAACAGAGCUGACUGGGGUAGUAAUUUUGUUUUUAAGCAAUCCAGUUGAGCUGUGGAUUCAUUGACAGUUGUGUAACUUUGGAUUUUGGCAAACUAACUUUUGUGUUUGAUGUAAUUUUCAACUGUGAAAAAACACGAGAUCCAUUUCUAAUAUGCCAAGAAUCAAUGAGUCUACAGUAAAAUAGUACACUGGCUGGGUGAAUAUAUGCACUUACACUUUUAUAAAUUUGUAGUGGAAAAUUUGUUAUCACUUAGACGGAUCAAACAGUGAUCUCUUUUGUGUAUUUGGUUGAACUUAGUCUUCUGUUUUACAAUUUUUACGAAUUGAUUUCUGUGAAUGGUUUUGCUCUUUGUCUAAGUUCUAUUUGUAGAAAUGUGAAAUGUCUGUAUAGAUCAGCUUUAAUUCACCAAUCGGUGCCUCAACCUCUGGUGAUCAGAACACUGCAGAAAUUUCUUGGAUUUGAAGAGAAAUAGCAACAAACUUCCAACAAGCUACUUGAUUUAUGUUUGAUUUCUGUUAAUACGGAUACCACACCUACUUUAAAAGCUCACAUUUGGCCUUUAGCUCUUUAUCUUGUGAAAAUAGAAGUUAUACUUGGUGACAUACAUCAAAGUUGCUGGUGAACGCAGCAGGCCAAGCAGCAUCUGUAGGAAGAGGUACAGUCGACGUUUCAGGCCGAGACCCUUCUCGUUGCAUUCACCAGCAACUUUGAUGUAUGUUGCUUGAAUUUCCAGCAUCUGCAGAAUUCCUGUUGUUUGCGUUAUACUUGGUGAUGUCAUUAACAGUGCACUUGAGCAAAUCUUAUCAACACUAAAUUUUUUUUGAUGAGGUGAGAAGAUUGUACGGAUCAAAAGUUGCAAAUAUUAAUGUGGCUUAGAAAUUGAAAGUCACAAAAUAACUUAAAGCAUUUAAUUGCUGCUUAUUUUACAAUUAAGGAGUGCUCCUGAAGUAGUCUAUGCUUAUGCCUCUAAGACAGGUAUUAGCAAAUAGAAUACUUAUUGAGCUUUAAGAAUGAGGAUAAAUCUACAACAGUUACCAAAGUUCCUACACCUGUUCCAAAAGUGUUGCACUGUUGAAUUACUGUCAAAGUUUAUCUGCCUGCAAGUGCUCUACUAUUUUUGCAGCAUCUAAUUAAAAAAACUGGUUGUACAAGACCACUAGGAAUCAUUGGGAAAGAAUCAGAGAUAGGAUAUUACUGUAUGGUAAUCAUGUUUCUACAAUGAAUAUCACCAUCUUGAGUGGUGAAACACAUCAAUAAUCAUCAAAAGAUCACAAUUAUAAAAGUUGUAUCAUAGUUGGUAAUUUUAAUGAUUACUUCAUCUGGGAGCCAGUUUUUUUUUGCCCCCUUGGAUUUGAGCAGCAGAUUCAAGGCCUAGAUUUAGAUUUUUGGCCAUCACUCACUGUAAAGAUCAGACUAUUAAAUGGGAUUUGAGGGUGUAUGUGGAAAUAGGCAUUAAUUAAUUAUUCAUGUAGAAUUAAAUUACAAAUCAUUGAACUGUUACCAGGAUCUUGUGGUCUGAUAUAUACUACUGUUGCUAUUAAACAUUUUACUGAUGAUCAUUCAUCCCAGAAACACAAAUGUGGAUUCACAGAUUUAUAGUGAUUCAUACAAUUAUACAGCGGAAAAUAGAUCUUUUCUAUCUACCCAUCUGAAUAUCUUUGAAGCACAUCUUCUGCCAUGUCAUCUAAUAGCUCAUUCCAUAUAGCCACCAUGCUCUAUUUGGGGGUGGGGGGAUACUUGGCCUGCAUAUUCCCUUUAAAUCUCCCCUCCCACCUUAAGCAUGUGCCCUCCAAUUUUUGACUCCCCUACCUUAGGAAAACAUUAUCUACCCACCUUAAAAACUGACUAGCCACAUUGCCUGUGCCACUUAAUUCUAUAGACUUAUAUAAGGUCGCCCUUCAGCCUCCUUGCUCAGGAGAAAACUCACAGCCUAUACAGUCUUGUAACUCAAACCCUCCAGUCAAGGUGAAUCUUUUCUGCAUUAAUCACAUACUUUAGCAUGGCAACUAAAGCUGUACACGAUACUCCCUAGUGUGGUUUAGUAUCUGUAUAAUUGUGAUAUGACAAUCUACUAUUCUCACUGCCUUGGUAUACUAUAUGGCUCCUUCGCCACUCGGUUCCAUGGAAUGCUUUGUACGCCAACACUCCCCAUGAUUUUGUCAUACACUGUAUAUGGUCCUGGCCUGGUUUAACUUCUCAAAAUGCAGCACUUGUGAGUUAAAGUCCAUCCCUUAUUUGCUUUCCUAGAAGAUCUAGAACUACUUGAAUUUAUUUAUUAUUGUACUCAAGUGUUUGUGAAGAUCAUUUCUGAAGUGUUCUUACUCAUGUUAGAGGUAAACAUGGCUAUUUGGUAGUGCCAAAGAAGGUUUCACAAUUAAUAUAUGAUGAUAUAUCUCUUUUUGGUGAGGAUUGUGAGAAGAAUGUUGGUUCCCUAUUCUUCAGGUUAUGCCAUUAUGCCUUUUGAUGUCCGCAGAUAGAUGGGAUGGGCAGGAAUGAGCUGCCUUUGCUUCGCAUGCAGUGCACUGGAUUCUUCUGACUCGGGCAUGAGGGCGAUGUGAACCAGACUGGCAAUCUAUUAAUUGGGAAGGAGCGCCUCCCAUUUACAGUUUGUAGUUAUAAUCAGUUGGAGUCACUUGUGAUCUCUGUACUUAAUAAAGGGGGCGAUGAACCUCCAAAAGCCUGGAAUCAGCAUUCAAAGUAUGCAGAAUUCCUACUGUUAGUGUGAAUGCAAGCUGUUCCUGAACAAAAUUGGUCCGUAUCACAGCUUUUGCUUGAUCUCUCUAAUUUUGGCCAUGUACUUUGGGUACAAAAUUGAAGGAAUAUAAAACGAGAUUAAACAACUCCCCCCUCCAGCAAACACACACAAGUAUAUUGGGAUAAUGUCAUAGAGCACUACUACAACACAAACAGGCUCUUUGGCCCAUUUAGUCCAUGCUAAAGGAUUAUCCUGCUUAGUCCUAUCGAUGUGCAACUCCAUGCUCUUCCCAUCCAUAUACUUAUCCAAGCUUUCCUUAACUAUUGAACUCAACCCAUAUCUACCAUUUCUGCUGGCAACUCAUUCCACACUCACUACUCUCCAAGGGAAGUGGUUCCCCUUAAAUACUUCACCUUUAACCUAUAACCUCUACUAGUUUCACCCAACCUCAGUGGGAAAAAUCUGUAUUUGCCCUCUAUACCUCAUUAAAUCUCCCUCGUUUUUCUGCACACCAGGGAAUGAAAUCCUAACUUAUUCAACCUUUCCCUGUAACUCAAGUCCUAGUAACAUGCUUGUAAAUUUUCUCUGUACUCUUUCAAUCGUAUUCACAUCUUUCAUGGAAGAUUCUUGUGGUAGAAGUGAGGCUGUAAUUAACUGAAGCAGUAUUUUAAAGUCAUCUUGAGCAUUUCAGUUACAAAAGUCCACAGUAAUACCACCUUAGAUUUUUUAGGGACAAAAAGAAUUGAAAUUAUUUGUCUCAUCAUGUGUAUAUGUGAUAUUGUUUAAAUUUUGUAUAUGUGUUUUUUUCUGUAGUUGAGGAAAGGGUGCUUUUUUCUUAAAACCCAUGCCCUUUAAAUUAAAUACCACUCUCUGUCCAUUGUAUGCUGAACUGAUAAGACAAGAGCCUCGUAUUUCCUAUCUGCAAAUUAGAUAUUUUAUUGAGCUUGCAUGACUAAAGGUUAGCAGUAGAUAAAGGAUUGAUAGCAACCAAACUGGAUCUACAUCAAGAGGUCAGAAGUAGACUAUACCUGAAAAUCAGUUCAUGCUGUCUUGACAAAUAUAUACUAAAUGAAAUUAAUAGUGGAAGCAAAGAACCACAACAGAAAUGAUGGAGAAUGAAUGGUUGAGAUUUUGAUUUCAUAUAUUCAGCCAUGCAAUACUUCUCAGUUGCAGCGGUUUGAAUAUCGUAACUACAGGAUUAUAAAGGGCAUUUAUUAACUUGUCUCAUAUUGGUUAAAUGUGUUUUAAAAAUGAAGCACUAAUUGUGGCCAAAUAGAUGGAUAUCUUUUAGACCCAAGAGGCCAAGUAUGAAUGUUCAAGUCAAAGGAAAACAGUUAUUAAGAACUGAUGUCACGUUCUUGUGCUCAUAUUUUAAGCAGUGAAUCAUGCACAUUCCACUAAAUUGUGAACUACUGUACAAUCCAAUUAAACUUUUAAAAAAAUCUUUAUUGCUGAGACUGACACACAGAUCUCAUUGGUCUGAAAUUUUGAACUUUAACUGCAGAAGUAAUGUGCAAUUCCUACAAUCUGGUUCAAAAUGAUCAAUUUCUAAAAAUGUUGUGUUAAACCAUGUCAAAAAAAUCAAUGUGUCACUUGCGCUUAGUAGUUAUAUAAUUCUGUCCAGAAUUCACUUAUGAUAGACAAAGUGCCCACAAAAGGUCUGCCUGAAACAGGCGUAACACGCAUGUUCUAUAUUUCAGUAAUGAAAUGAAAUUCAUAGUAGGUGAAUGAUUUUUAAAUCUUCACUCUGAAUUGUAUGUCAUCUGCAUAGGAGUACUUUGUAUUGGGGUUAUUAGGAAUCUUGCUGUACAGUUUUAUAAGAAGUUACUGUUUUUAUGAGCAAUUUUCACUAAAAUGCAUAAUUGUUAUAGAGUCCAGUGAAAAAGCAGCAGGCCUGAAGUAUGUAGACUGGAAUAAAUGCUCUUUGAAAUAAUACCCAGGCUCCUUUUUGAUAACCUUUUUAUGUAGUCUAUUUUCCAUUCUGGAUAUCUUUAUUUUGCAUCCAAGCUUGAUAAUUAACCUAAUCAUUUGGAAACUUUUAAUGGAACUCUGAGGUCCUACACUGUUCAUGGCUUCAGCCUAAUGUGGAAGGAUACCAUCCAGAAGAGGGAUUGUGUUCUCACCUAUAAAUGGAUUCUGGGGUCAGAUCACAGCCUGGCUUACUGCACUCCCAAAUUAACUGUACAUUGGCUCCUAAGGACUAGAUAAUUAUGACCUGGGGGUGGGGGGAACGUUUAAAAUUUAACCAAGGAAGUUGUACUUAAGUUGUGAACUGUUAGCCAAAGUUAACUACAGCACAAACCUCGAUUAAUGUUUAACUUAACACAAAAUAAAUUGAGAGACUAGUAUUUGUAUCAGAAUUUAGUGCAUGUCCCUGGCACAAGGAUGUUGGGAUGGGGGAGAAAUGACUAUCGGGCUUGAUUCUGACUUUUGAACAUUCUUUUGGAAUAACUUUAUUAACCUACAUUGAAUACAGACUUACAUCAAUUAAGUACAAAUUUACUUAAUAUCUCUUUAACCUAACUGCUAUCCUUCCUCCAGCCUAUUUGAUGUUUGUCCUCCUUAAUACUUGUGUCCUGACUACAACCUAGUUUGUGUGUUUCCAGUUUCUAGUCCACCAGAUUGGCAAAAGAGCUUAGAGCUAUAUUUGACCAUAAAAACUACUUCAAAUUGUUCCUUGGUCUGCAAAUGAUUAUUGCCAUUAAAUCUCUGCAACUACUAGGAUCUAAUGCAACAGUAAUUGUAGAAGAAAAGCAAAUGCAGCCCCUUAAGUAACCAUUGCACUGAUUUCACCAGUUUCUCUGCUUCUGCUAAGAUUCUGUUUUAUUGUGGGACCAGGUACAUUCCAUUUUCACUCAAGUGGGUAUCCCUCAUGAGCCAUGACAGUUGCAUUGUGGUAAGUUCUGAUUCUUGCAUGUUUGUAACUUGCAGCAGAAAAUUUAGGUGUUAAACUUAGCUGAAUGAACUCCUUUACUCCUGCACUCUCAAACCUACACCAUUUCCAUAUUCAUAACCAGGUAUUGUAAAACAUUGAUUGCUGAGUUAAUUAUUAUGCAACCGUGUUUGAAUUUUGCACUGAUUCCUGCACAUUUUGUAUUCAAUCAGUUAUGUUCAAAUCUUUGAGGAUUUAAACUUUGCAGGCUAACUGAUAUCUCCUUAAGAAAAUACCAGGCUCUCACCUCGUUCAUAGUGAAGCCACCUGUUAAAUUUAUUUAUUUUUUUUGAGGACAAGCAACUGAUUUGCUUCCCUUUCAGUA